AGGUGGAGAAAGAGAAGAUAAGAGAGACGGUAAGAUACGUGGUCGGGAAGAGAGCGAGUUCGGCUUGUCGCGGUGAAGGAUCCGCGAGUAGAAGCGAACGAAAGACACGACCGAGAGGGAGUGAGAGAGGCAAAACGGCCGAGUAAGAGAGGGAAAAAGAGAGAGAGAAAGACAGAACAGCGGCGCAUGCCGUAGCCGCGGCCCCCGACUCGCUCUAAACUUGUGCGCGGAGAGUGCCCCGUGUCGGUCGAAUUUUAAUGGCGGCUGAUUCCGACUCCGCCGUUUGCGGUGUUGUGUUGUGAAGUGACGUACGACGGCCGGCGCUCGCACGGCGCCGACGUAUGGUAUCGACGCGGCAGCGGGGCGACGCGAUCGCGGAUCAUCCGGCAGCGAUUCCCGGGCGGUGCUGCUGCUGUGCUGUGCAUGCGACGGUGGCCACAGCGGCGGCGGUGGUGACAGUGGCGGCGGCUGCGGCGACUACGGUGACGGCCCGUUCGUGGUGGCGACCAGUGCCUGUCUGCGUGAGCCGGGACGGACUUCCUCGAUCAUCCGCGCGACUAUGCCGCACAUUCGCGAUGUGCCAUAGCGACCGCGCUGUGCUACCAGCAUUCUUGCAGUGUACAUCCGUCGCAGCGUGCGAGUCCCGCCCGAGACUCUCUUUCGCGCGAGCAAGGGGUACCAGACCAUGAUUGACAUGUCGGUGCCUGGACUCAAGCAUAGCUGGUAGUACUGCAUUAAUACUGGCUCGCUACCAGCAGGGCACACACCCUGACCGUACCUUUUGCAUUUCCUACCCUCGACCUGCACACGCACUGACGCACACGCGUAGCGUGUGCGCACGUGCUUUGUCAGCUGCCGCGUACACACCAUGAAAUUCCUGGGACUUACGUCAUCUCCCAAAUCAAGCACAGUGAGAUCCCCACAAGUGCUGCUGCCACUCUCUCAUCGAUUGUCUUUCUCAUCCAUGUCCAUUGCCACAUGGUUCCUGGUUAUACUGGCAACUGCAGCAAUAGACACCCCAGCCAGCACAGUCCCACCGAUACAAGACAAUAGAUCUCCUCAUAUAGUAGCGCAGUUUCCUGCAGGGAAUGGACAGCGAUAUGAGCAUUUUCCCUUGGACGCCAACACUACCAGAGAAGGGGCUCUAAGAUUCAAUCACCUUGCCAUAGAUCCUUCUACUGGCAGGCUCUAUGCAGGGGCGAUCAACAGGCUCUUUCAGCUUGACUCGAGUCUCAAGCUGGAGGAAUAUGUCUCGACAGGACCAAGACUGGAUAAUCCUCAAUGUCAUGCAACAGGUUGCAUGUCAAGAGACAUAACAACUUCUCUGAUGGAUAAUGUGAACAAAUUGCUAAUCGCCGAUCUCGAGUCGCAGACAAUAGUCGCCUGUGGCUCUCUUCUUCAAGGUGCUUGCGAAAAGUACAAAAUGUCUAACAUAUCCAUUAAACCGGAAUUCGUCCCGCUCAGCGUGGCUGCCAACGACGAAAACUCCUCCACGUACGCCUUCAUCGGGCCCGAGAAAUAUAAUCCGUGGGGACAGACGAAUAUACUCUAUGUGGGCACGACGUUCACUAACAAAGGAGAUUACCGUCAUGACGUGCCGGCAAUUUCCAGCAGGAAUCUUGAUACUCUGGAAUUCGCCGAGUAUACGUUCAACAAGCAGUCGAUCGUAUAUAUCGACGUCAAAUAUCGGGAUCACUUCUUAGUGAAGUAUGUGUACGGUUUCAAUGCGAGUGACUACGCGUACUUCGUCCUGGUGCAGAAGCAGUCAUACCUGCCUGAGCAAGAGGAACUGGGAUACAUCUCCAGGUUGGCGCGCAGUUGUAUCAGCGAUCCGAACUACGACAGCUACACGGAAGUGACGUUGCAAUGUACGGUAGAUAUGGGAGACGGGAAGCAACAUUAUUACAACUUAGUGCAAGACGCAAAGGUCGCGGCGGCUGGCAGCGACUUGGCCAUGCAACUCGGCAUUUCUGUUGGCGAUCCUAUAUUUGUCUCUGUGUUCUCACCUAGUAGAGGCAUCACGAACGAACCGCUAUCGCGCUCCGCGGUCUGCGUCUACAGUCUGCAAGAUAUCGAGACCAAGUUCAACGAAAAUAUCCACAUGUGUUUUAAUGGCAGCAUAAAGUAUCGGAAUAUGGGUUACGUCAGCGGUCCUAUACAAGAUGGAAAGUGUCCAACUGCUGGGACUACAGGAAAUAUUCUGAAUUUCUGUGAGGUCGGAUUGAAGAUUUCGGGUGUAUCGCCGAUCACGGGCCAAGCUAUCUUGCAUUUUCCCGACACGUUUAUCACUUCUGUGACCGUUGCCAAUACCGAGAGUCACACUGUGGCGUUUUUCGGCACGAAUGACGGCAUCCUCGAAAAGGUUUUAUUAUCCGGAACCGAAGCGUUCGUCUAUGAAAGCGUUACGAUUGACAAGGGACGAAAAUUGUUGCCGGAUACAUUGAUCUCACCUGAUGGCGAAUAUAUCUACGUAUUAUCCGCUUCGAAAAUAUCGAAAGUCAAAGUGGAACAUUGCAGUGGUUAUACAAAUUGCAGCAGUUGUCUCGACGCGAAAGAUCCUUACUGCGGUUGGUGUUCUCUGGAGAAAAGGUGUACAGUAAGAGGAGACUGUCAGAAAGCGAGUCACAGCAGUCCGCGAUGGCUGUCGUUAGGCACAGGUCAACAGUGCAUCGAUUUCGAACAAGUUCUACCUGAUCGUAUGCCCAUUAAUCAGAUGACUACGGUACAGUUAACAAUUAGAACUCUGCCCGAGUUGCCGCUGGGCGCUAAUUACAAGUGCGUUUUUGGUAACGCCGAGCCGAUAGACGCGUUGAUGACCGGCUUCGGACUGUCCUGUCCUACACCACCUGUUAUGGAAAGACCCAGCAUUCCGGAAGGCGUUGAUCACGCACUCGUGCCAUUAUCCGUGCGGUCCAGCGAGACGAACAAGGAUUUUGUCUCGCGCAACUUUGCAUUCUUCGAUUGUUCAAGACACACCGUUUGCACUGAAUGUGUCAAGUCACAGUGGGCAUGUAGUUGGUGUGUCUACGACAACAAGUGCACCCACAACACCAGCUGUCAGGGUAUUAUAUCAGGGGAAAAUCAAAAUCAAGCCAAUCUCGCUGCGCACGGUGCGCAGUAUUGUCCACGAUUCGUGGAACGUAAAGAGCCGUUGAUGCUACCGAACAGCGUGCCCAAGGAGAUCGUGCUGGAGGUGGAGAACUUGCCGCAUCCACAGGUGGGUCACAGUGGAUUCCAGUGUAUCGUCAGCAUUGAGGGCGCCAAUCUGAAGGUGCAGGCUCGCGUGGAUAGCAGCCGUUCUAUAGUGUGUGACAAGACCGUCUACUCGUACGAGGCGGUUACCGGGGAGUAUGAGGCCGAAGUGACAGUCGUUUGGAACACUAAUCACCACGUGGACAAAACUACGAUCAUUCUGUAUAAGUGCGAGGUGCUGGGCUCGCAUCGCGAGCACGCGGACUGUUCUCUGUGCGUAACGCGGGAUGCUCGUUUCGAGUGCACUUGGUGCGCGAACAGUUGUGUGUACAGGCACUCGUGUCUACAGUCGCCGUUCACCGAAUGCCCAAAGCCCAGGAUAGACAUGAUCAAACCGCUGAGUGGGCCGAUUGAGGGCGGUACGCUGGUGACGAUCGAGGGUAGUAAUCUCGGGUUGAAAGAGAGCGACGUGGAGGGUAAGAUACACAUUGGCAACACACCGUGCACCUUGGUAGACUACGAAGUGUCUGUGCGUAUCGUCUGCCGUACCGGUCGGCACGAGGCCACGGACGCGGCCUCUGUCGUUGUCGGGAACGACGCUGGCUACACGGAGAGCGCGGUGCUAUUCAACUAUAAAGACAUACGUCUCUCGGGAGUGCAUCCGUCGGUUGGGCCGCAAAGCGGCGGCACGCAAUUAGCUAUCACCGGUAAGUACUUGAACAUCGGCAGCACUAUAUCGGCGUACCUAGACGAGUUGCCGUGCCAUGUGAACGCGACUCAAGCGAGCAGCACGAGAUUGACCUGCGUGACCAGCAGGUCAGGUCAUGUUAGACGGAUUCACAAGCUGACGUUAAGCAUCGACGGCGCAAACCGCACCCUCGUGGGCAAUCCGUAUAAUUACACUCACGAUCCAACUAUCAUGGAGAUCAAGCCGUUAAGAAGCUUCGCUUCGGGCGGUCGCAUGAUCACCGUGCACGGUACGUACUUGGAUACCAUUCAAAAGCCGGAGAUGGAAGUUUAUUUCGACAACGAACCGCUGCCAGUGAACAGAACCGUCUGCACCGUCUUAAAUCCUACGCAAAUGGAGUGUCCGAGUCCGAGCGUCGCUAAAAGAUUCACCUCGAUCCGACGCAGCGAACGUUCGGUGGUCAAUACCCAAGCACCUCAGUCAUUGAGACUGAAAGAGUCUCAGCUUUCUCUUAAGAUCGCCUUUAUCAUGGAUAACGUGGAGAGCGUAAGGGAUCUGGAGAAGCACUUCCCACAGAGCCUGCGCAUCCGACUGCUCUACGUCGACGACCCGAAAUUCUUCCCGUUUCCGCGCAAUAUCAAGCUAUAUAAAGGUGACACUUUGGUGAUCGAAGGUGAGAAUCUCAACUACGCCAGCGACGAAUCCGAUGUGAACGUCACUGUCGGUACUAUGCCCUGCAAUGUUACUUCGCUUGCGUUUACACAACUUGUUUGCACGCCGCCGGAUCAACAACCCGCCGACACAGACGAACUCGGGAUCAAGACUGAGAGCGGACUGCCGUUGGUGGUGGUGCGAGUCGGCCGCAGUCUCCGUUUUCCUAUCGGCUAUCUGCGCUACGAGGUCAUCAAGUCCUAUCCGAUUCCGCCGGAGGCAAUCGCGGGCAUCGCCGCCGGCACCUUCGGCCUCAUAUUUUUGUUCGUGCUGGUACUAGUGAUCUAUCGCAGGAAGAGCACGCAGGCGGAGCGGGAAUACAAGCGAAUACAGAUACAGAUGGAUACACUUGAGAGUAACGUGCGCAUGGAAUGCAAGCAGGCGUUUGCGGAGUUGCAGACGGAUAUGACCGACCUGACCGCGGAUCUGGAGUCGUCCGGCAUACCUACCUUGGAUCACAAGAGUUACAUCAUGAAAGUGUUCUUCCCCGGUGUGAUAGAUCAUCCUAUAUUGAACGAUCCGCGUUCGCGUAGCAACGUCUCGCGAACGAAUUACGACGCGGCGAUGAUACAGUUCGAGCAGCUCGUCAACAACAAGUACUUUGUUCUGACUUUCAUCGAGACCCUGGAGGCGCAGAAGGACUUUAAUAUUAGGGACAAGGUGAACGUUGCUUCCUUACUCAUGGUCGUUUUGAUGGGUAAGAUGGAGUACGCCACCGACAUACUCAUGAAUCUCUUAUUGAGACUGAUCGACAAAGCGGUGAACACGAAGCACCCACAGCUUAUGUUAAGGAGAACGGAAUCUGUGGUGGAGAAAAUGCUUACGAAUUGGAUGGCGCUCUGCAUGUACAACUACCUGAAAGAUUACGCCGGCUCAUCUCUAUUCUUACUGUUCAAAGCGAUCAAGCAUCAGAUAGAGAAAGGGCCAGUAGACGUGAUAACACAUGACGCUAGAUACUCACUCUCAGAGGAGAGGCUCCUACGGGAGCAGAUCGAGCACACGAUCGUCACGCUGCAUGUCGUGCAGGACGAUCUCGAUGAGAAGAUACAGUGCAAGGUUCUAGAUUGUGAUACGAUAAGUCAAGUAAAGUCGAAAAUCCUCGACGCGCUGUACAAGAAUACCCCGUUUUCGGUGAGGCCGUCCGUACACGACGUCGAUUUGGAGUGGAGGCAUGGUCGCGGCGGUCACUUGACGCUGCAGGACGAGGAUCUUACGACCAAGUGUUGCGGCGAGUGGAAGAAGAUUAACACGUUGGCGCACUACGGCGUCAAAGAAUCCGCGGUGAUGUCGUUGAUUCCUCGGCAGAACGACGGUUUCUCGGUUGCUUGCAAGCCGCCCUGCCACAACUGCAAGCCCUCGCAUUAUCAUCAUCAGCAACAGCAGCAACAGCAGCAGCAGCAGCCGAUUCAUCAUCAUCAUCCGCACCACCAUCACUUACAUCGACACUCGAAUCACUGUUCGUCCACGCAUCUUCCAUCCACGCCCAAUCACGGCUUGAUCAGUCCUGUGAUGUAUAAUCAUCCCGUGAGCGGUCUGUACUACGAUUCUCAGCACUCGCCGCCGAUUAUAACCGCGAAUGGCGACGUUGAGAGCGGUCACGGCGGCAAUCAACGGCUGUACCACUUGGUAAGGCCCAUCGAAGAGGUGCACUAUCCGCCCGGCUUAGGUUUCACCGGUAGCAGUAAGCAUCACCAUCCCGAGCGUACGCACAAGGCGAUCCCGGAGAUCUUUCUCACGCGACUGCUCUCGACGAAGGGCACUGUACAGAAGUUCGUUGACGAUUUUUUAAACACCAUAUUGACCGCCAACGAGGCGCUACCGAGCGCGGUUAAGUGGCUGUUCGAUCUCUUGGACGAAGCUGCGAAACAGCAUAGCAUCAUCGACCCGGAGGUGCCGCAUGCGUGGAAGUCUAAUAGCCUGCCGCUCAGAUUUUGGGUUAAUUUCAUUAAGAAUCCAGACUUCAUGUUCGACAUCAACAAGUCUACAACGGUGGACUCGAGUCUGUCUGUGAUCGCGCAGACGUUCAUGGACUCAUGUUCGAUGACGGAACACAGACUGGGCAAGGACUCGCCGUCUAAUAAGCUGCUCUUUGCCAAGGACAUACCGCACUAUCGCGAGAAAGUGGGUCGAUUUUACACGGACGUGCAAAGAUUGCCGCAGAUCACCGACCAGGAAAUGUCCAGUGCCAUGCAGCAGCUGAGCGCGUCACACGCCAACGAGUUCGACGUAAUCGCAGCGCUGAAGGAGCUCUACAUCUAUGUCAGCAAGUAUUACGAACAAAUCCUAGAGGCCUUGGAGACAGAUGCGGGCUGUCGCAAACUACACCUAGCUCAUAGACUAGAAAAUGUAGCGUGCACGCUCGAGGGAGAAGAGACCAGUGCCUGCUGACAUACCCUCCUCACUUCCAUCCCAGGACCCGUCAACCUCUCCAGAAACACUGACUAGUGCCUCCACUUCAUGCAUCAGAUACACCUCGUUACAUAUGUACAAAUAUACACAUACACACCAUGUGAAUAACAACGCCGUAAAAUACACGCGAUUUCGUUAGGGCUAGUCAGGCGAUAGGUCACGGGAUUAGACAGUCCUCGUGGUUAGUAUUUACGUCUUUACGUGUUGGCCAUACCGAAAUACGCUUGUAAACAUGUAUGGAUAUUGGUAGGCAAUGUACGCGUCUCUGAUCCUUAAAUUAUCACGCUAGACGAACGCCUGUUGAAUCUCUCUAGAAAACAAAGUAUUUAUAUAUAUAUCUAUAUCUAUAUAUAUCUCUCUAUAUGCGCGAAUCGCAUUAAAGUGGAGUAAAUCUCGAGUGUAAGGUAUCUCUCUCGCGAACGAUUUAUUGUUAUCGUAGUAUAAAUAAGCUAUUAAGUUGUCUUAUAGGUAUUAAAUUAUUUCGACUUUCUUGCUACGUUCUAUUUCUUCUUAUCGCGACGUUGUUGCGUGUACAACGUGGUCGUGUUUCUUUGUCGAGUCUUGUUUGAGGAUCUGAGACGUGGAUCGGUGCAAAUACUUAUUAGGGAAGAAAUUUAAACUGUAAAUUUAUGGCCGAUCUGAUAUCUAUACGUGUAUACGUAAAUACGGAAAAUACAUAAAGUAAAGUAACAUGUCUCUAAUGGUAAGUGAAAGAAAAAGCCAUAGUGUCCACCAGACUGUCUGUACGGACAACGUACGGCAGCGAGUAGUCUGUGAUCCGAGCACGAGUGGCUAUGCCUACUAUCUUCAUUAUGAUAUAUAUAUAUAUAUAUAUAUAAAUAUAAUUAUUAAUAUGUUAUAUAUAUUAUAUAUACAUGAAAAAAAGAGUAAUAUGCCGUUUAGGGGACCCAGCUUCUGUGACUUUGUCUCUUACAUAUUUUAUCAAAGACGUUGUCCUAAAUAAUAUUUAAAAAAUUUUAGUCGUCGCUCAUUGUUUAUUAAAAAGUCAUUAACAAUUAAAGUUCUAUGAAUAGAACGUAAUUCUUCGAUACCGUAUGCAUUUAAUAAGUCUAAAAAGUACAUUUUUGGUAGGGAGGACUGGCUAUAUGACAAUGACUAAAAGUAAUAACAUUGAGCAAAAUUUACCAAAUAACAAUAUUUUACAUAUUUUAUUAAAAGAAUCGAAACAGAGAAAUAAGUUUCGAAAUACUGUGAAUAUACUUGUAUAUAGCACGUGUAUAGUACGUGUUGACUCCUCAAAUAUGUACACGGUGUCAAAAAAUUACGUUCCAUUUACAAAAAUUCUUUUGUAAAUAAUUUUUUAAUAAACAAUGAGCAACGGUUAAAACUUCUUGAAUAUUAUUCAGGACGAUGUCCUUGAUAAUAUAUGUAAGAGGCAAAGUCAUCGGGGCUGGGUCUCCCAAACAGCAUAAUUACCGAAAAAAGUAUAUAUAAAGCAAAGAAUCAUGCAACACACCUCCACGGAUUGUAGUGAGCUAGUUAGAGAGGGACUAUAUGUAUUAUAAGUUGGGUGGGGGGUUAACGUACCCUCGUCAGAGACAGAGUAAGAGAUAAUAUUAAAUUAAGGCAAUUAAAAAAUAACGUUAAAAGAAAAUUUAAGAGUUAAAAAAUUAUAAGAGCAGCUCAGUCUACUCUAGGCCUACUCUACGUAUGUCGUGUACGCGCGAAGAAAAUUAUUUCUUUUAUUUUUAUUUUUUACAUCUUGCUUUUCUCUGAGUCUCUCUGUAUGCGUUAUACACAUUAAUAUACGAAGUGCUAUUGCUCUUAUGUUGGAGAAGAAACUUUAUACAGCAUCUAAUAACUUUGUCGCCUUGUACGCAUUAUUAUUAUUAUUAUUAUAUUACCGGUUAUUAUUAUUAUUAUUAUUAUUAUUAUUAUUAUUAUUAUUAUUAUUUCUUUAUUGUCUGUAUACAUAUAAUUAUUAAUGCUGCCUAUUAAUUAUGUUAUUAUUAUGUUAUUAGGUAUAAAUGCAAAACGGAACGGAUCUUUUUUUUCAUAUCGUCGACACGAGAAUAUUAUAGACUGUGUGGAUUAUUACUGAGGAGAGGGAGCAGUGGCGAGUUUUUUAUUCGCCAAAAUAUUCUGGCCGAAGUUCAUGCGCUAUUAUUAUUAUUAAUAUUAUUGUAAUAGGUGGUAUGUAUCGCAGACACUCGUCGUGGCACAACGACACGCAGUAUUCUUUGAAAUAACUUACGUACUUUUAGUUAAUAUAAGACUGGCAGAAUCUCUUUUUAUAACUCGCAUUUAUCUUUUCUUUUUUUUUUUUACAAACCUUUGGCAACUUUUUUUAUAAGACCGUUGACAACUUAUUUACGUUGCAUAAGAUGAACAAAUGCGUGAACGUUUAUAUUCGGCGCGCACUGCCAAGGUUUUUCGUGCAUUUUUACAACUGUCGAUCUGUUGAGCCAAUAGACUUCACUCAUCGUUUAACUGAGAAACGACAGUCGAUGAGAACGAAUGAGUUAUUUGACAUAGGUCCAGGGAGGCUGGAGACGUGCUCAUACUCUUGUACUUAAUGCUAAAUGCCAUCGUGUAAUUUCAAUUAUAAUUCCAGGUCUCCAGGUUCCCCAAUCACGACCAUCAAUAACCUAUGUAUCUCUCUUUCUCUAUUGUAUGUAUAUCGUAUUUAUUUAUAUUAUGAGGGACAAAAAUUUUUUGUAAUGCGAAUGUACGUCAAUCUGUGCUGCGCAAAAGGUUUCUACACUCUAUCUAUGUAUGUCUUUGUAUUGAACUGUAUAAAUAUGUCUUUGUGCGUAUGUUGCUUUUGUGCAAGUAUGUUUCUCAGUAUGUGUGCCAUCUGUCUCGACGCGGUAGAAGAUUUGUUCGCUUUAGUGAUUUAAUCCUUCAAAUAAACACGCGAUAUUUAACGCAAUUGUCAACUGCGCGAGUUAUACCUCGCGUGAUUUCGAGUAUCGCAUACUUUUCGUAAGCUACGCACGAUAACGUAACUUGAUUUCUUUAACUUGAUUUCUUGUAAUAUAUGUAAGAAAUAUAUAUAUAUAUUUCACGUACAUAUAUGUAGUAUUUUUCUCUCUCUCUUAUGAUACUAUAAUUUAUAUAUAUUAUUUAUAAUGUGUAUUUAUAUAUAUUACAUGUGUGUACAUAUACAUAAUAUAUAUUCGAAUAAUAUAUAUAAAUUAUGGUCGCGAAGAGAGAAAGAGAGAACUCUUGAUUGAUGACGUCAAGAAUAAGAAAAUACAUACUAAAAAUUCUUGCAAAAUAUCUUGCUAUUCAUUGACGGUUGGAGCAAAAUGAAAAUGUUUAGGAUAUUUUAUAGAUCUGCUCGAUUGAUUGCAAGUGUCAUUUUAUUUCAACGUAUUUUGUAAGAAUUUUUAUAUAUUUUCUUGUUUCGACGUUAAAUCAAGAUAACUGCGGUGAAGAAAGAGAAGCCUUAAAAUCAUGAAAUUUGGAAACGAAAUGAUUUAUCUCUUCAAAACUAUCGGGAAACUAGAUUUUGUCUCGAUCAAAGAUUCGUUAUGAAACUGAAAAAUCUCCUUGAAUGGUUGAUAAUAUAUAUAUGUAAGAUAUUAUUAAUUUUUUAAAUUAAAUUUACUCCUGGAAAACAACCUCGUUGUUAUCUUGACUCUUAUACAAAGCGAACAAACUUAACACCGCUUGAUGCAGUCUUCCCUGAAUGAGAUUAAUCGAGAAUUUCAUUGUACCCUCCGAGCAUUUUCAUAUUGAUUAUUAUUGCGACACUUUGUACGUAUUUUUUACACGCAUAAAAUUUUUACACACGCAACUAUGCUAUCGUUCGCGAAGGCGCACGGCGUUCUUUCGUCCGCGAACUCGUAACGUAACAAUAUUUAUGUAUAUAUCUUAUCCGCAAAAUAUACAAUUAUAUUACCGAAAUUCGGCGUGUACAAAAGGAAGAAAAUUUUGAAACACUCGUAAUUAAGCUCUCCACGACGAAAUCCGAAUGUCCGAAUGCCGAAGUCGCAAAAUCCGCGUACAGGAUAACGAAAGUAUUAUCAUAUCCACAUAAAUCGCGUGGCGAUGGACGAGGCAAGGCUGCGUCCUGUCUCGCUCGUCCUGUGUUGAAAGUAUACACACCUUUCGGUUUUUUUUUACAACGCUCUACGAUGUAAGUUAUACGAUACUUUCAUUUAAUAAAACGGAAAUGUAUGAGAGAUAAUCGUGUACAGGUGUAAGCGUGCAGCGCGUGGAAAAGAGAAUGAUCGCGAGUCGCAACGUUAUAAACUACUCAAUCGACACAAGCACUGCCGUUAAUGUUGUUUCAGAACUUGUGAAGAGAAUACAACGAUAGAGAAAUUGUCCUAGCACUGAGUCCUGCAACACUCGAGACAACAAACGUCCUUUCGUGAGUUCAAAAUGGAAAAAUCGAAUAGAAAUACCUCUCGCACACCGUAUUUUUUAUUUUCUCUUUUAUUGUCACUGCCAUGUUUCGCAUUUAAAAGCAAGGGCCGUCACCGAGCCAUUAAGUUGCAAAUUGCAGCAGCGUUUUUAAUACUAAUAGAUACUUUGUACGUUUUCCCCCGUGGGCUGAAGCAAAAGAGGGGAGAAAAAGAAAGAGAAACUAUAGAGAACGGUCGUUAUACAUACGUAAAAAGCUCUAUACAUAUAUAAAUAUAAAUAUAUAUAUAUAUGUAUAUAUAUAUAUAUAUAUAUAUAUAUAUAUAUAUAUAUAUAUAUAUAACUUUUAUCUCGUAUUCUGAUCGCACGUUUGUCGCUAAAUGCGGCCGUUUGUAACAUGUAAGUUUUUUGCGCAUACGACACACGCUAUGUAUGUUGUAAUUAGAGUAUAACUGUAGAGAAAGAGAGAGACUCCCUCCGAGCGCGCGAGGCGCGUUUUUAGCGUGAAAUGUGCGGCAAGAAUACGGCCGAGCGUUUCUUGCGUCUGAACAAUUGUAUCGUACACACAGAUUGACGUACGUGAAAAAUCACGCAUGUGCACACAUUCGCAAUAUAUACAUACACACAUACACAUCUUGUCGCUAUUAUAUCGGGUGCCAAUUGGCCUCCUGACGUUCUUUGUGAAAUUCGGCCGGAAGUUAUUCGCGCGCGAGCGAGAUCUUUCUCUCUCUCUCUCUCUCUUCUCUCUCGCACGCGCGCGCGCGCGCGGCAUGUAAAAUAUCAGAUAUAUUUCGGGCAACGUGUUCGAGCGCAAUCCGAUAGAACCCAAUAUAGCGUCACACACUAUACUUUAUGAACGUAUAAGUGCUCGUGACUCUGCCGCGUUAUGUAAAGAGCGAGCGCGAGACCCCGAAAAGAACAAAAACAAAACGUCCCAGAGAUUCUUCGUAUUUGUGCACAUUUAUUUCUUCGUUUCUGCGCGCUCAUGGGAAAACGACUUUUCCUUCCGUGUCGGCUCUUUCGCAUAUCGGGGACAUGAAAUAAAAAUAAAAAUCGCGGAAGAGGAA